CGUUUUGCCCACCUUAACUCUAAAUGUUUCGUGAUUGUGUCUGAAUGUACAAAAUGGGUAAUUUUCUGUUGGAGUUCGCUCAACAGUUUAAAUGUGAAAAUAAAUUUCAAGCCGUUCUGAAGUCGGCACUGCUCAAACAGUCGCUAAAAGACGAAGACUUGGUCCCCCAACAGUACCGAGAGAUGUGUCGAAAGUGUGCUGUUCCGUGGAAAGAGGGCUAUUUUUCUGUCGUCCUUUUACCGGCUAGCAGUCAGAGCUUAAAGCAAGUUGCAAGAUACGAAGCGAUGAGUGAACUGACCAAGCAACAAAAAUCGCUUCUGAAAUACCUCAAAAGCCGGACAAGGCGCAUUGCGAAAUUCACGUGCAGCAUAUGUUCGUACAAAACGCGUGUACGAUUGGAUCAGAGAACGGCGAUACAAAAGCCCGCAGCAGCUCCCGUGGCGCACGGCACUUCCUGUGACACAGAGCCCAACGAAGAAGGCGUGAAGGAAGAUACGAAGAAGAAACGAAAACGUCGUGGCAAAAGCGACGCCGGAUCAGGAAUGCAUCAGAAUAACAGCGCCAAAAGUCAACCGCGUCCGACCGCGGCAUCUAAAUCUUCCCAACUCACCUUGCAGCGCAAAGCGGCCGUAAAGCAGUUCACACCGAAAGAUUUCCGAGAAAUACAGAAAAUGCUUGCGGCCAAGAUUGAAGGUACGGAUGCUAAACCCAAUAAAAACACAAACGGUCGGCGCGGAAGAAAAUGAAUCCGUGGCGGGAAAGAAGCCACCCUGUUCUCGAAUACUUUUAUUAGAUUUUUUCAAUUUAUCUAGCGGUAAAGUAUAAAAUGACCUAUUUUAUCACCCAUGAUAUACUUUGGGAUUAGCGUCUUCACAGUAGGAAAACCUGGCCAUGGAAGAAUAGUAAUUGUUAUCUGGGAACACACGGAUUAAGUGAUAGUUGUAGGUCGACACGGAGCAUUUUUCGGUGACGUAAAGCACUUCAAUUGAGCGGAAUCUGAUCCUUGACAAUCUGUCGGAGAAAGGAUCAAGAGAGAGAAUUAGUGUCUGCCUAGUUGAAAUCGAAAUUUUGUAUUAAACUAAUUUAAAAACGUAGCUUCAAACCAUUUCGAAACACGAACGAUAUGUACAGGACUUACUUGCCGCAGGGAUCGAAAAAUCCGGCCUCCGUUCGGAAGGAUAUUUUUGGGUGUUUUAAUUAAUGUCGGUUAGUGGUCACACAGU